UCUUUCGACAACACAGCAAAAGUAAUUUAGUAAAUUAAAAACUUUACAUAGGAAAUUAUAAUCGCUAAAGCCAAUUAAACAAAAUUUAUUUUACCUUUUAAGUUUAGAAACAAAGCAAUUUAUAGACUAUGCAAUGGACAAUGUUGAAAAAGUAGCAUUUGCUGCUAGCGGGAGUUCAGGCGACAGAUUUCAACAGAAUGAACUUCAAAAACCCCUACAAAGCUCUAAAAUGGACAAGGAGAAUCAAGAGAAAUUUGAUAAACCUGUUUCCUUUAAAAUAAUAGUGCUCGGAGAGUCAGGAGUAGGGAAGACCUGUUUAUCGUUCCGGUUCUGCGCCGGCCGAUUUCCGGUCUCCACAGAAGCGACGAUAGGUCUCGACUUCCGGGAGAAGGUUUUAGAAUUAGAAGGAUCUAGAAUUAAACUUCAAUUGUGGGACACAGCGGGACAGGAGAGAUUUAGAAAGUCGGUAACUCAUCACUACUAUCGUGGAGCUCAAGCCAUUGUCCUUGUUUACGACGUCACGAGCAAAGCGAGUUUAAUCAGCCUCGAGCACUGGUUGGUAGAGCUGGAGGACCACGGGAUAGGACCCGAGGUUCCCAGGGUCCUCGUCGGCAACAAGUGUGACGAGGCCGGGACCGAGGUCAGCACGACCGAUGCACAAAGAUGGGCGGAUGACCGCGGAAUGCCGCUGUUCGAGACAAGUGCCAAAGACGAUUCACAAAGUGAUCACAUUGAGUCAAUUUUCCUCACUUUGGCGCAUAAACUGAAAUCCGGGAAACACCUGAUCAGGCCUGUAGUGGAUCCCAACAAUCCGGAGAUUGAACCUGUCCGAUUGGUUUAUCGGAGUAAUCUCGUUCCAACUCAAGAGGAAACUGAACCUUCCUGCUGUUUCUAACCACCUCCACUGUUUCUAAUCCUUCCUGCUGUUUCUAAUCCUUCCUGCUGUUUCUAACCACCUCUACUGUUUAUAAUCCUUCCUGGUGUUUCUAAUCCUUCCUGCUGUUUCUAAUCCUUCCUGGUGUUUCUAAUACUUUCUGCUGUUUCUAAUCCUUCGUACUGUUUAUAAUAAUUCCUACUGUUUGGAAUCUUUCCUGCUGUUUCUAAUCCUUACUGCUGUUUUAAAUCCCUCCUGCUAUUUCUAAUCCUUCCUGCUGUUUAUAAUUCUUCUUAGUGUUUUUAUACCUUAUAAUGAAAAAAUAUUUUGGAUAAACUGGAGAAUAUAAUCUAAUAUAUUUUAUUGUUACAGAUAGUAAUUUUUAAUAUUCUUUUAUACAAAUCUGCAAAUAAUAGAACGCAACGUUUAUUUAAAAAUUGUUUACAUUGUAAAUCUUCUAUAUUUAUAUUAGAAAUUUAUGUGGUAAAAUAUUAAUUAUCAGAUUUAUAUAGAUUUCAAACAGAUUUACCCUUAAAAUGUACUUUUUCAACUUCGACCGCUUUCAUUUUUCUUAAAUGAGAUUACACAAUGAUGCAUAUCAGGUCCACUCCGAUGAUAAAAUCAGUAAUUUUGUUUUAAUUUUUCGAUUAA